GGUGAGAGCUGCGCAGCGCUGGCUGCUGGCUGGCCUCGCGGAGACGCCGAGCGGACGCGGCCGGCGCCGGCUUGUGGGCUCGCCGCCUGCAGCCAUGACCCUCGCAGCCUGUCCCUCGGCCUCCGCCCGGGACGUCUAAUAUCCCACACGGUCGCGCGCAGCUUCUGGAGAGCCGGCAGCUGCCCCCUCAUCGCCGCAUCACACUCCCUUCCCGGGAGCUGGGAGCAGCGCGGGCAGCCGGCGCCCCCGUGCAAACUGGGGGUGUCUGCCAGAGCAGCCCCCGCUGCUGCCGCUGCUGCCCCCGACGCUGGCCAUGGCCUGGCGGGGCGCAGGGCCAAGCGUCCCGGGGGCGCCCGGGGGCGUCGGUCUCAGUCUGGGGUUGCUGCUGCAAUUGCUGCUGCUCCUGGGGCAGGCGCGGGGCUUCGGGGACGAGGAGGAGCGGCGUUGCGACCCCAUCCGCAUCUCCAUGUGCCAGAACCUCGGCUACAACGUGACCAAGAUGCCCAACCUGGUGGGGCACGAGCUUCAGACGGACGCCGAGCUGCAGCUGACAACUUUCACACCGCUCAUCCAGUACGGCUGCUCCAGCCAGCUGCAGUUCUUCCUUUGUUCUGUUUAUGUGCCAAUGUGCACAGAGAAGAUCAACAUCCCCAUUGGCCCGUGCGGCGGCAUGUGUCUUUCAGUCAAGAGACGCUGUGAACCUGUCCUGAAGGAAUUUGGAUUUGCCUGGCCAGAGAGUCUGAACUGCAGCAAAUUCCCACCACAGAACGACCACAACCACAUGUGCAUGGAAGGGCCAGGUGAUGAAGAGGUGCCCUUACCUCACAAAACCCCCAUCCAUCCUGGGGAAGAGUGUCACUCUGUGGGAACCAAUUCUGAUCAGUACAUCUGGGUGAAAAGGAGCCUGAACUGUGUUCUCAAGUGUGGCUAUGAUGCUGGCUUAUACAGCCGCUCAGCCAAGGAGUUCACCGAUAUCUGGAUGGCUGUGUGGGCCAGCCUGUGCUUCAUCUCCACUGCCUUCACAGUACUGACCUUCCUGAUCGAUUCUUCUAGGUUUUCCUACCCUGAGCGCCCCAUCAUAUUUCUCAGUAUGUGCUAUAAUAUUUAUAGCAUUGCUUAUAUUGUCAGGCUGACUGUAGGCCGGGAAAGGAUAUCCUGUGAUUUUGAAGAGGCAGCAGAACCUGUUCUCAUCCAAGAAGGACUUAAGAACACAGGAUGUGCAAUAAUUUUCUUGCUGAUGUACUUUUUUGGAAUGGCCAGCUCCAUUUGGUGGGUUAUUCUGACACUCACUUGGUUUUUGGCAGCAGGACUCAAAUGGGGUCAUGAAGCCAUUGAAAUGCACAGCUCUUAUUUCCACAUUGCAGCCUGGGCCAUCCCUGCAGUGAAAACCAUUGUCAUCUUGAUUAUGAGACUGGUGGAUGCAGAUGAGCUGACUGGCCUAUGCUAUGUUGGAAACCAAAAUCUCGAUGCCCUCACCGGGUUCGUGGUGGCUCCCCUCUUUACUUAUUUGGUGAUUGGAACUUUGUUCAUUGCUGCAGGUUUGGUGGCCUUGUUCAAAAUUCGGUCAAAUCUUCAAAAGGAUGGGACAAAGACAGACAAGUUAGAAAGACUGAUGGUCAAGAUCGGGGUGUUCUCAGUACUGUACACAGUUCCUGCAACAUGUGUGAUUGCCUGUUAUUUUUAUGAAAUCUCCAACUGGGCACUCUUUCGGUAUUCUGCAGAUGAUUCCAACAUGGCUGUUGAAAUGUUGAAAAUUUUUAUGUCUUUGCUGGUGGGCAUCACUUCGGGCAUGUGGAUUUGGUCUGCCAAAACUCUUCACACGUGGCAGAAGUGUUCCAACAGAUUGGUGAAUUCUGGAAAGGUAAAGAGAGAGAAAAGAGGAAAUGGUUGGGUGAAGCCUGGGAAAGGCAAUGAGACUGUGGUAUAAGGCUAGUCAGCCUCCAUGCUUUCUUCAUUUUGAAGCAGGGAAUGCCAGCAUUUUGGAGGAAAUUCUACUAAAAGUUUUAUGCAGUGAAUCUCAAUUUGAACAA